ACUCGGGUGUUGCAUGUUUGCGCAUAAAAUGGGAAAGUGAGCGGUUUAACCAGAAAUCGAGCAUUCCUUCGUCGCCCAAAUUCCCGAAACAGCGCGAAAACACCUGAACAAGCGGUUCAAAGAUCGCGAAUAAAAAUUCAGAAAUAAAAUAAUAAAUCACAAUGAACCCUUGUGAUCGAUUCAGCGUCCUAGCAGUGAUAAUAACUGCAUCUUAGUGUGUAUAAUGUGGACACCAGUUGAUUCAUACCCCCAAGAACUCCAAGGAAAUCCGAAUAAAUAAAAAAUACUGCACAGCUAAGCAGUUGAGUCCCCCCAAGGGGACAAAGAAACCUCGAUUCAACAAUUUUUCAUCAUUUGUUGAGUCACUUCCUCCUGCACUACAGCAGAAACAAGGUGUUACCAAGGUUCCACGCGUGCGUGAAUUAGCAGAAGUGUUUCGCUGCAAUAACUAAACUCAGACACAACUGGAAUUCAAUGAGUGGAGUGAAUUAGUUGAUAAAAAGUUAGUGGAGUCGUUGAAAUCAUGGGGAAGCCCUGCAUUAUGUUGUUCUGCCUGGUGACCCUCGUGUGGGCAUCGAAGGACGAUUUUUCAAGCGUCGACAAGCUCAGGAAUGACCUAUUCCAACUGAAGGCUGCACAUGAGAAGUACAGGACGGGUCGUGAUGCCGGUGAUGACAAUUACAUCAGUCUCAUCCAAACGUACGACAAGUUUGCCACGAAAAUCGAUGAGGAGUCGCCCUGGACCGGCCAGAGACAUCUGAAUUCACUGAAUUCUCUGUGGAUCUGGGCCAGGGUUCAGUCCGAGAUGAGGAGUAUCGAUGGGCUGUAUCUGACGUUCAGGCAGAUGAUGCAUGAUGUCGUUGCGAAGACACAGCCCUUCAAUAUUGGACAAUGGGCUGGCUUUGCGGACGUUAUUCUCAGCGACCCAAAUGUCGCGGUACCAGCCACUCUCAAGGGCGUAUCCGACAUUAUAAUUAAGGAGAAUUUGUUUGUCGCUGCUUAUCAGGAAGCAGCAGCACAAAUUUGCAAAGAACAACAGUCCCCCCAGCAGCUGCUAUACAAUUUAUACACGACAAUUGCUCUGGCUGAAGUAAAGGGGUAUGCUAUGAUGCAGUUCUCUUACAGUUUACUACGCUUAUAUAACAAUGGUUCUUUUGACGAGGAGAGGUCUAAAAUUGAGAGGGAUUAUUUGACAAGAACUUCGGAGACUUUGAGGGCUGUGCGCAUUGCUAUGGCGUUUGCACCCAGAGAUUUAUGGAAAUGUGAUUCAAAUGUCCAUAAAGAAGGCACAACAUAUACAGAAUUAAAGCAACUGUUCCAAGGGUAUAUAGUGAAUGAAGUGGAUUUGAAUCCAUCAUCAACUUGUCGUGAAAACUGUGCGUAUUACUCUUACGCUAAGGUCCACGGAUGCUACGAUAAUCUGUACUGUUCCCAGCAAAGGAAGUGCAAUGGGAAGGUUCUGAACUGUCAGUAUUUCGAUUCGGACAUGUGGAUUUGUCCUUCAACAAAAGACAGCCACAGAAGAUACGAAUACAUUGAAUACGAGAAUGGAAAUAUAUUCGGCAACAAGGGUACCUGCAAGCGACCAACAACGAAGGUGGACAGCUGGUGGCGUUGGUUGUUCUGGCACUGCAGCUAUUGCAUGUGCUACUGCGACGAUCACAACUCAAGCUCAGAGCGUUACUUCAACCUUCGUGAGAUUACAUCGGAUGUUGUCAAUAACAAGGUCAUAACAGGACUGCAAUUGAGAAAAGUGAAUGGGAUAAUUCACAUGCAGAUUCAGCAGGGUGUACUGAUACGUCGUGGUGACAUUGAGGAGGCCAGUGUCGAGUGGAAACCAGUCGAUAAUUACACUAUUUUGGAUCGGGGUGUUGUCAAUGGCAGGGACUUCCAUACAUUGUCGUGGGAGAAGAGGGCCAUUGAUCUCGAUGAUCUGUCUGCACCUGAUGACCACGUUCUCACUGGAGUCAGAUGGAGAAUGGUUGGAGCUCACCUGAACUUUGAAAUUCGUGUUACACCAUUUAAUUUUACUUCUGGGCAACUGAUUAAUCCUUUGGCCAAAAGUACAUGGAUAAGUAACGAUAAAACAGACAAUGAUCACAACAGCAACGAGAGAAGAACUGAAUUCAAGUUGGACAAACCCGACAUUCCAACUCGUGCGAAAGCCCCAAACUUCCCAGAUUCAAAAUCCAACCAAUUCUUGAACUUCGGACCGACUGAUCUUGGAAAAGACGCAGCACAAACGACUGUCCCCUUCAUAGAUAUCCAACCAGUGGUCACCAAUCCCCCGUUCCCCCUAUCAGGAGCUGGAAUCUUCCACAAGGGACGUGAUGGUUACGGUGGUUACAUAGCAGUCAAGCUCAUAACAUACGAUUUCAAGGAUCACCUUCGUGCUGACCUGCCACCACGACAACCUGUCGUUGGGCUGAAUGACAUCCCAGUGGUCUAAUUCAAUUUCAAACGAUCGAAAGAAGAGCCAUUCGAACCAAAAGAGCGAACUAAUGGUGAUAAUAGAUUUUAAAACGAUUUAAUUAGUCUUCAUUGGAAAAAUCAACAGUGAAGUGGUAAGAGGAGAGAAAUCUGAGAAUUGAAGGAGGAUCAUUUUGCAGAUUAUCUCAAACUAGUGGAUUUCGAGGAAAGAGUCAGGGGAUCCUCUAGACAAUAUCUUAUCGAAAUUUCUGAUAUUUUUCUUUCAAUCCAUUAGUUUCUGAAAUGUUGUUUGUGGCAAUUGUCAAGACGAAAAUAUUUUUAUUGGAUCAGUUCAAGCAGAUGUUUUUAACUACGUGAUUAUCUAAGAAGUGAAUAGCUUUAGGAGAAAAUGUCGAGAGAACUUAUCGUUAACCAGACCAGUAGAUAGACGGUCAUAUUUAAUGGCUAUUCAAACAAAUUCAUUCUUCUGCAUGGUAAAACGUGGAGAAUUAUCCUUUUCGAUAAUGAUAAUCGAACAGAUACCGUGUUUAUUUGUCCUAAUGACUAUUUUUUCACAUUGUUCUGUCAACACUGCAAAACUGUUCUCUAACUGCUCACACCGCCACUGAGUACCUCGCGAGAAUUUGUUUUUUUUUUACGUUCAAAAUGUUCGUCAAUAAAAAAUCAUUAAAAAAUAAGGAAAUCAUCGUAUUUUAUACAUUUGUUUUAUUAUUAAAAAUGGAAAUUUGCAAUGCAAGUUCCAUUAUAUUUUUUAUAGAAUACUAAAAAAAAAGUGGAAAUAGACUAUCUUUUGGUCGAUGUCUACCUAUUGGUCUGGUUACCCUAUCGAAGAAAAUUCUCUACAAAAAACAACUUUCUCUAAAUCCAAAGCUUUGUACAAUGUGACGACGGAGAUUUUUUCUCGCGUUAAUUCUGUUUUCUUAGGUAAUUACAUUAAUUUGUGAAUAAUCAUGUUCGUUUAAUUAAUUUGAAUAAGCUUUCCUUAAUUACGUAUUAUCUAAAAAACUAUGGUUCCACGAAAAAAUGUAAAAAUAUUUUUUGUGCAGCAAAGAAUAUUUCCUAGGCAGAGACAUCUUUCGUGAUUUUUUUCUACCGCCAUUGGGAGAGUGCGGAGAUAAUGAGAUAUCGUAAUGAAAGAGGAAGAUGUUCAUUUAAUUUAGAUGGAUCAUUUCGAUUUUCAUAUUUUUACCUACAAAAGGAGUGGCAUCAGAAAAAGGUGUCGAAAGGUCUUUCUUUGAAAAUUUAUCAACAAACCCCUUUGUUCUAGUUUGUCUUCAUUUUACCAUUUUACAAUUAUAAUGAUUUCAACAUUGUCUACUCUUAAGAUUUCACUCUUCACUCCUAAGUUAAUCCUAAAAUGUUUUUCAUUAACCACUACCUAAUAUUUUAUUAUACUCGUUAAAAGAAAUUGAUUAAUCAUGAGAAAAAAAUGUUCAAUAUCCGUUUGUUUCUUUUGUAAAUAAGUGAACAUUUUUUAUUGAACUAUCUGAUAAUUGUUUUCUACCUACGCCUAUAUUUUUCGUACGUUUGGAGUAAAUAAUUUCCCAGUUGUAUGUUUGAUAUGCCGAGAAGGUGUAAUAAAUCGAAUAGAAAGAAUAUUGUUUCAACAUGCA